GCCGCUCCUGCCGGACACCGCGAGAUGAUGACCGCGACCGCGUCCAUCCCGCUGGUCCCGCGCGUGACCCCCGCGCACCCGGCCCGUCGGGUCGGCCCUCGGGCGUGGGGAGGCUCCGGCGGGUGGCGCCGCCCUCGGAUAGGCAUACGAAUGGAUAGGCGCUCCGCCGGCGACGCUCCCAAGCCCCCCGCGGACAACAGCGACCUCGAGCCCGAGCAGCGAGACUACACCGGCACGCUCAAGCAGUACGAGGAGGUUCCGCUGGUGCCCAAGAAGCUGCCCGCCAUGCUCUUCCCCGCGGAGGAGGUCUUACUCCCGGGCAGCGCGCAGGUGCUCCACCUGUACGAGGCGAGGUUCCUCGCGCUGCUCGACGAGGUGACGAACGAGACCGGCGGGCUGUUCGCGCACGUCACCUUCCUGCCCCCCGCGCAGGGCGAGGCGGACGACGGUGGCCUGCGGGUGAACCAGGUCGCCACCCUCGUCCGCGUCGAGGAGGUCCAGCGCGAGGAGGUUGGCGCCAAGGUGACGAUAAUCGGCGAGUCGAGGAUGACUCUGCGGGAGCUCGAGGAGAAGUCGCAGCGAGGGUACCUCGUGGGCACGUUCGUCCCGAUACCCGUCAUGCAGGACGACGGCAGCGCGACGUACAAACCAAGCAAAACGGAGCUCGACGAGGUGGAAGCCCUCGCGGAUUUCAUCGACGACGCCGUCAACGACUGCGUCGCGCUGGUGGACAAGCUCCUCGACGGCGACGGCGACGAGAAGCUCUGGGACUUGAGCGAGGCGGCGAACGAGGUGGAGUGGGGGCACGGCGAGGUGGGCAACCUGAAGCGCGCGAUGGCGUGGAUCGAGGGCCCGUACGUCACGCUGGACAUGCUCGAGAUGCCGUGCUCCAUGUCCGAACGCGACUGGCUGCGAGACGCGGUGGAGGAGCGCGUGAAGCACUCGGAGCUUCAACUCGCGGAACGGCUGAGCUUCGCGUGCCUGCAGGUGGCGCCGGCGAGCACGGAGGCGGACUACGCGAGACUGGUGAGCUGCAGGAACGUGGCGAUGAGCGCGCAGCACGGCCUGAUGGACAGGUUGAGGCUCGGGAAGAUCCUGUUGGAGGAGCAGCGGUCGGCGCUGCGAGCAAAAGUCGCGCUCAAGUCGGCGUUUGGCGGAGCAGCGGAAAAGGACGACGCCAACUGAGAACUCGUCAAAAACUUUGCACGACGCGCGGUUUGGAAUUGUGCGACAAUUUUGUCAAUUGGGAAUUUCGCACACAUUUUGCGC